ACGAUGAGAUCGAUUUGCCAGAUGUAGAACCGGCAGCCUUUCUGGCGUUACUCCGAUUCUUAUACACCGAUGAGGUCCAGAUCGGACCCGAGACUGUCAUGACUACCUUAUAUACGGCUAAGAAGUAUGCGGUGCCGGCGCUGGAAAAGGCUUGCGUCGACUUUCUUAAACAAAACCUAUCGUCAGACAACGCUUUUAUGCUUUUGACACAAGCGCGACUCUUCGAUGAGACCCAAUUGGCGGCCAUGUGUUUGGAAACUAUCGAUAAGUACACCGCCGAGGCGUUGGCUGCCGAGGGUUUUUUAGACAUUGAUUUCGACACAUUGACUACUGUUCUCGAAAGAGAUACUCUUCGGAUCAGAGAAGUGGUUCUAUUCAACGCAGUGGUCCGUUGGGCCGAACAGGAA